UCAAGUGACCGCUUGUCGGUCGCGUUUCGGGAUCAGCCAGCGUAUAACCAGAGCUCGAGUGAAUGCUGCCGCGAUGCAGUUGGUCUGUGGAGGCUUCCGUCGAACCAGUGCCAGGAAGACUUUGAUAACCCGCCGGCCAGGGAGACCCGUAGAAACGGUUGUUCCGCUGGCCGCCCGUGGCACAGUACAGGGGCCCAAGCGAGUCUAACCAGCUCGUGAGGCUGCCUCACCAUGCCACGCAUAAUCUCGGGGUGGUCCGUCGUGCCGGUUGGUGACCGGAAGGUGGGGUCCCGGUGGCCAUUCCCGGGGGGGUUCGGGGGCCCUUCCGUCCGGCGGGUUAAUGAUACUCAUCUGUAGGCAGAUCUCUGGCGAAACAGGCCGCCACACUUUGACCAUCUGCAUCGCGGUAGCUUUUCCUCGAUUCACACCUCCCUCCUUUUAUCCACCAUGACAGCGCUUAAAAUAAAAACUGGUCGAACAGCGGUGCACACCCCCACCACAACCAAACCGUUUGAGGUCGAGUUCGCUAACAUCCGCGGACUCCAUGCAAACCUCAAUGCCGUCCACCACCAUCUUGAGACGGCACGGCCAGCAAUGAUGUUUUUGACGGAUGUUUGUUGUCGGCGUCUGCGCUGUCUGGAGGACCCUUCCUUUUCCCUCCUUGUGGUACACGUCGACUUGGGCUCUCAUAGCCGUGUCUAUGUUUGCGUCUACCGAUCCCAUAAUGGCGACAUGGAGACAACUCGACUUAUGGACCAUCUUAGUCGGGUAGCAGAUGAUGCGCAGGAGCGGUUUCCAUUGGCGGAAUUGGUGUUUUUGGGGGACUUCAAUGCUCACCACGAGUUGUGGUUAAGUUCCUCCAAAACUGACCAUGCUGGUAGAAUUGCCCAUGCAUUCGCCCUCACGCACGACCUGACUCAACUGGUGAACCAGCCCACCAGGAUCCCAGAUAUAGUCGGUCACGCGCCCUCUUUGUUGGACCUUCUGCUGACGAAUCGUCCAGCUGGUUACCGAGUGGAGGUUCGAGCUCCUUUAGGAUCUUCUGAUCACUGCUUGGUAUCCAGUAAAGUGCCUCUGGACCCGCUACCGCCUUCCGCGGUAUCGAAACGCCAGAUUUGGCACCACUCGUCGGCAGAUUGGGAUGGUAUGCGGGAUUAUUUCGCAUCCGUUCCUUGGGGGCAGCGCUGCUUCAGUGGGAAGGACCCAACAGCUAGUGCGGCUGCAGUUGCUGAUGAGAUAGUUUUAGGGAUGGAAUACUACAUUCCAAAUUCCUAUCUCAUCGGCAAAGGCAGGCGCAACCGAUGGUUCAACCGCGAGUGUGCCAGUGCUGCUGAUAAAAGGCAAGAGGCAUAUCGCGCUUGGAUCAAAGGUAUAGCACUUGGAGAUCCCGAAACCCACUCGCUGAAAGCAGCCUACAAUAAUGCCACCAAGUCCUGCAAAAGGGCUUACAUUAGAGCGGAUGCCCAGCGCGUUGCUCGGGUCGGCCAAGAACUACUGACGCAUCCUACGGGCAGCCGUAGCUACUGGCGUCUGGCCAAAGCCGUGCAAUCCAACUUCUGCCAACCCUCGCUGCCACCAUUACGAUGUCCUGACGGAACUUUAGCCCACAAGCCGCAGGAGAAGGUCGAUCUCCUGGCUAAACUCUUUGCGGCUAACUCCCGAAUCGACGACUGCAAUGCACAGCCACCUAUAAUUCCUCACUGUGGCCACACAAUGCCUGAUCUUAAAAUCAGGCAGUGUGAUGUCCGUGCAGAGUUGCAGUCAAUCGAUGUCCGGAAAGCUAAUGGUCCUGAUGGCAUUCCUCCAAUCGUUCUGAAAAUGUGUGCAGCGGAGUUGUCCCCCCUAAUCCACUACCUAGAAGAACACUCCUUAAUUCACGAUCGUCAAUACGGGUUUCGGCCGAAACGGUCAACGGGUGAUCUUUUAGCGUUUAUUACACAUCUCUGGGGUGUGGCUAUUGAUAAGCGUGGCGAGUCGAUGGCUGUUAGCCUUGACAUAGCCAAGGCUUUUGAUCGGGUCUGGCACAAAGCUCUUCUCUCCAAACUCCCGUCAUACGGCCUGCCUGCCCAGUUCUGCAACUGGGUCGCUGGCUUCCUGCAUGAGCGCAGAAUCCGAGUGCUGUCAGACGGAUGCGCUUCGGAAUUCAUGUCAGUGAACGCUGAUGAUAGUACAGUGCACGGGGGGUAUAAUGGUCACCCUGCGGCUGGGCGGGUCGAGACUGAAGAGAAGCGAGUGAAUCUUGUCAUUGAGCUCAAUCGGGUGUUGGACCUCAUAUCUCAAUGGGGCUCCAAUAAUCUUGUUGAGUUCAAUGCCAAGAAAACACAGGUGUGCGCGUUCACGGCAAAAAAGACACCAUUCCUUCCCCUUCCUUCUCUUCAGGGCACACCACUUAGCCUACAGAGCAGCAUUAGCAUGCUUGGUACGGAGAUUCGCUGCGAUCUGAACCAGAGGGACUACAUUGAAGCCGUGAUAAAAACAGCUUCACGUAAACUCGGUGUCCUGAACAGAGUGCGACGCUUCUUCGCGCCGGAUCAGUUGUGUCUCUUGUAUAAGACACAAGUGCGAUCGUGCGUGGAGUAUUGUUCGCACCUCUGGGACGGUUCCGCUAAGUACCUUCUCGAUGCCUUGGACAGAUUGCAGCGGCGCGCUAUACGCAUUAUCGGCAAUGCAGAGGUCACUAAUACUCUCGAACCUCUGCAAUUGCGUAGAGAUAUUGCGUCACUCAGCGCUUUCUACCGUUUAUACCACGGCGAGUGCUCUGAAGAACUCUUUGACCUUAUCCCACCUUCUCCCUUCCUCCAUAGGAGCACGCGUGCUGCUCUCCGGAGUCACCGCUAUACUGUCUCUAGCAUUCCAUCGCGCACAAAGAAAUUUGGUGACUCGUUUCUUUGUCGCACUUCCAAAAGAUGGAACAAUCUACCAGCACACGUAUUUCCUCCUUCCUAUGACAUGGGGUCCUUCAAGCGAGGCGUGAAGAAGCACCUUGUAGGCCGGCAGGGUGAGGGCGACUGA